CGCAACUCGGCGCCGGACGUCGACGCUGCCCACCAAUCUCUUCGCUCGAAAACUGCAGUGCUCAUAAAUCAUGGGCCAACACACCUAUCAGCGCUCCCCGCCCGCUUUCCCUACUUUCAGCUACGUUCCUCAGCACAACGCUCUCGGACUCGUGUUUGCGCCGCCGGAGGAUUGCCUUGCGCAACAACCGCGCGGAGAAGUGCUCUCUCAUUUGAGCUGGAAGCGCUCAAGACAGAGCUCGACGGGCUCGGCGGUGUCGGUCAUCAACAAGUUGCCUGCCGAGCUUCUGUCAUUGAUCUUCGCGCUCUCCGUGGAGGACGAGGCGUGCAAUCUCGCCCUUGCCGUCCUUCACCCCAACUGCACGCCGCUCGUUCUGGCUAGGGUUUGCCAUCUCUGGCGCGAGACAGCUGUCGAACUUCCAUCGCUAUGGCAGCAUUUCAUGUUGCGCCCGUGCGACGGGAGAGAGCAUCAUUAUCGGAUGGCACACACCUUCAUCAAGCGCACCAAAGGGAGUGGACUGCAUAUACGCUACAGCGAGGAUGUGCGCUCGGAAGAAAGCCGUAGACCCGUCGAAAGCUGCCCGUGUUCUCUGAACGUCAUCCUUGAUAACCUCGGCUCGAUCAAGACACUCGAGCUCUCCGAGGUCGGGAAGAAGACUUCCACACGCUUGUCCGACGCAGCUAUGAAGGCCGGCACCUCAAUUCAACGUUUCUCCCUCAGCAUGGAAGAGACGGUCCUGCAUCUCGAUACAGCUCAAGCCAUUUCGCGCUUGUACUGCUCCCCUGCUUUACGGCAUUUCGAAUGGGACUCGCAUAUCUUCCCUUGCAACGUACCCUGGUCGCAUAUGCUGUCUGUCGACCUCAACAGAUGCCUCGUCGCUCCAGUAUAUUUUGUGAAUAUACUCGUGUCUGCGCCGCAUCUGCGAGAAUUGUCGGUGAAGAUGGCCCGGCUGUCCCCCAUGAAGCACCUGGGCGUCAGACAUGAUUCCUUACGACGCCUAUCCAUCGACGGGAUGGGUGCGCAGGACAACAUUCUUGACUUCUUGCAUGCGCCGAAUCUGACAGAGCUGUCGCUCCAACCCCUUCGCUCUUUGCCGGAUGGUGCAUGCUAUGCCCAGUGGCCCGUUACAACGCCGGACGUCUUGUUUGACUUCCUCGGUCGCUUGUCCGGAGGACUGGAGUCCUUCAGACUAAUCGACACUGGCAACCUCGACGAACUCGCUCUCCUCCAUCUUUUUUCCCUCCCGCAGAUGUCGACUCUGCGACGCCUCCAUCUCUCCGCACGAGCAGCAGUCGCUGGUGAUCAGCUCUUUCAUUUCAUGCUCCCGAGUCAGUGGUCGGGCGUGCCCACCCUUCUUCCUCGGUUGGAAAACCUCACGUUGGCUGGGUGCACCACGACGGACGGCAUGAUCUCCGAUAUGCUGCGCGCUCGCCAAUACCUGCAUUAUCCUCUGCACCUGGUUUGGCUUGGGUUCCCACGCAAUGACCAGCCUGAGGUGGCGCAUCGGACAGACAUCGCUGCUUUUCGCAAGCUGAAGCAGUACGGGAUGGAGGUUUCGUGGUAUCCUUCGCGUUUUCCGGAGGCGACGGUGUAUAUCGGUUAAACCAGACGUAGAAGUUCAUACCGUGUUUACUCGAAGCACCUAGGAAACUUUACCCCUUGAAAGCCUGGUCUAUUAACUUUAAUCUAUGAUUUUGAGGAUAACGUGGACUCGAACAUACGUC